AUGACUGAGUCAACGGUUAUUCUGCCAGGAGAUACUCUGAUAGAUCUUGGUGAUGCUACAACUUUAGGACCAGGGUUAUUUCAGGCCCCACUAUCAAAACCGGUGCCUGUUAAAGCUGGGUAUCUCAUGCGCAAAGAGAAGGGGCAUACUGGAUCUGUAUAUAUCGAAUCAAAUAGCCGAAGAUAUGUGCCAUCAGUAAAAGACCAUGUUAUAGGUGUUGUUGUUGGUAGACAGACCGAGGGAUUUCGAGUACUGUUACAGGAUGCAUCGCCAUCUGUCAGAUUGGGUCAGUUUGCCUUUGAGAACGCAAAUAAAAAAAAUCGGCCCAAUCUUCCUGUUGGAGCUCUUGUAUAUGGACGAAUUACUAUGGCUGAUAAGGAUAUUGAGGCAGAGAUGGAAUGCUAUGAUAGCAACACUGGUAAAGCUGCAGGGUUCGGUGAAUUGAAAGGGGGCUAUGUUGUACAGGUCUCAUUGGCUUACGCUCGUAAACUCUUAUUUGAGGGAAGUCCACUUUUGUCAGCUAUUGGUGAUAUAGUUCCCUUUGAAAUCGCUAUUGGAAUGAAUGGCAAGAUUUGGAUUGAUGCUCCGGAUAAUACAACAAUAUUUAAAAUAGCUCAGUGCAUUGAGAAAUCCGAGACGUUAAGUGAACAUGAAAGUGUUGAUCUCGUUUCAAAACUCUUAUCUGGAAAGAAAACUAAAUAG